AUGUUUACUGCGCCUUCUUUAACAUUAAAAAUGCUUCAAAAACGUCUAAAAAAUGGCGAACUUGAUUUAAGUUCUCUACGUUUAGAAACUGUUCCAAUUGAAUUAAUUUGUCGUUGUGUUAAUUUUGGAGGAGAAAAACACAAAAAAAUUAAAGAAAUUAAUUUAAGCAAUAAUUUAUUGACAGAAUUGCCUCAACAAUUUUGUGCUUUCUUUUCGGAACUUGAAGUUUUGAAUUUGGGCAAUAACAAAAUUAAAGCGUUACCUGAAGAUUUUGGAAGUUUAUCGUCUUUAUAUCAUUUGGAUUUGUCAAAUAACAGGAUUAAGAAACUCCCAGCAAGUUUUGGUGAUUUGGAUAUUCUAAAAUGGCUAAAUUUGGCGAACAAUCCUUUGGAUGGAGAUUUGGCAGAAAUUAUUGGAGAAUGUUUGGAUGAUUAUCAAUGCGCAACUGCUGCUGUUAAUGCUGUUCAAUAUGUUGGCUUUUCUUAUGCCCAUUCAGCAGAAUCUACAGCAAUAAUUGACGAUUCUAGUGAUAUUGCUCCAACAAAUGAAUCUUCUUCGAAUAAUUCUAGUCCUGACUUUAAAGAAGAAAUUGAGCAUGUACACAAGCGUAAAAAAUUUAGAAAAAUGACAACUUUGUCAAAAUCAGAAAGCAAGUCAAUUGAAAAACAUCGAAGGACGGAAGAGGACGAAGACGGAUUUGACUCUUAUUUUUAUGGGAAAUUUGUGAUGUUUUUCUUUUUUGCCUUUUUAAUUGCUUUGGGAACUUCACUUUGGCUUACAUUUGAUGCAAUGCGGGAAAAUUAUUUAAAUGAAGAUUUGUCCAAAAAUGUAGAAAAUAUUCAAAAUUUGGAAGAAUUACAACAAUUUCGUUUUUGUUUAGAAAUUAAUAAAAUGUUGAAAAAAGGAGAACCUCCAAAUUCUUGGAAACAAUUUUUACAAGAUUUUUAUUUUACAUUUAAAAAUGCUUGGGGAAGAAAUGUUGCUGAUAAAAUUGAGGAGAAAAUUAAAUCGCUAAAUAUUUGCUGUUGGACAAAUAGUUUAAUUAAAUGGAUUAAAAUUGUUUGGCAAUUACUAUUCCAACCAAUAUUUGUUUUCUUUACUGAUUAUUCUAUUUAUGUUUGGAACUUUUAUUUGCUUCCAAUAAUAAAAAGUUUUGGUUUUUAA